AUGGCUAUUAUUUACAUAAUUUAAUAAAUUAAUACAUUAUAUCAUUCCCAGCAGAAUAAUUCCUCGUCAUCUAGAAAGGAGUUUCACAACAGUCAUGUGACUCAUUUUUACUACAUCUGGGAAAUUCCUCUAACGCAAUCUACAUGCUAGCAAAGCAUACGCGCUGGGCACAAAACGGUAUAUAAACAAGAUGGAUCACCCAGCUUAGGCAUCGGCAAUCCUCGGAGACAAGAGCGGGUUCAGAUCCACAGAACCAGAGCUAAACAAUCCAGCAAAAAACUCCUGUCUAAUCAUGAACGGCAAACUUGUGGCUGUCUUGGCUCUCUUCCUGAUUUCAGUGGCAUUGUCUCAGGGUAGGACCCUGGCAAGGAUGGGAACCGAGCUCCGGUGCCAGUGUGUAGCCACUCAUUCCAAGUUCAUCCCUCCUAAAUCCAUUCAAGAUGUGAAGCUGACACAGAGCGGCCCCCACUGCAAGAACGUUGAAGUCAUAGCGACUCUGAAGGACGGCAGAGAGGUGUGCUUGGAGCCCACUGCUCCCUGGGUACAGCUGAUCGUGAAGGCAAUUUUGGCUAAUGCUCAGCUCAAUUCGGACUCACCGCUCUAAGGAACACCAGGACAGAAAAAACCUGGGAACUGCUCCCGCUCCUCCAUUGAGAGAAACAUUUGGGGAAAGCACCUUUCAGGCAGCAUACCAUCUUCUACCUCCUGCAUCAGUGUUAUUAUGUUAAUUAUGGAUUAUUUUAUUUUAUUUUAUUUAUUUAUUUAACUGCAUCUGUUUAAGAAAGUCUUUCAAAAUGGUCAGUGCUGUCUGUGGGACACGCUGGUCAUUGACACUGAAGACGCUGAAUGGGAAAGGUGGGUUGCUAAAGGACAUGAAGAAUCCUUGGCAGCCACUUCAGCCAAAUCCCUCCAGUUAAGUGCAAUGCACUUACAGCACAGCUUAUUUACACUAAACCUUACUAUUUUGCCAUUAUACCAGCAAACCGGUAAUUCCUCCUGCUCCCCUGGAGUACAUUAGUAUGUUGUGUCAACAAGAGUUUCCUGGAUCACAGUCAACCUAUUGUUAGACCGUGAACUGUGAUUUCUGACUUUAAACAUCUAGCCUACAGAAUCUGUAAGACAGUGAGUUUGCUAUUUAUUUAUUGUGAUCUCCAUGGUCUUUAUAAAUGUAUUUAUUGAGUAGUUUCUAUACAAGAGAGAAAAUGAUGAUAAUUUAUUUAAUUUCUACUGUUUUUUCCAUUCCUCCUAUUCAUUUCUUAAGAAAUAUUCACAUCUCAUUGCUGUGUACAAGGACAUGGUUAUAUGUCUAAUUAGCUACUCAGCUAAUGGGAAAAACUGCAUCUUACAUACACAAAAUUUGCUUGUGAGAGUGUAAUUAUUCCUAAAAAUGCAUUAUUAAAUUUUUUCUGCA